CUGCACCAUCAUGGCUCUUGUGUGCGUGCUCAUGAGUCGAUGGCAGAAGAUGGGCGUCCCGCUGCAGAGUUGCGAACCAGGGUUUUGGGAAUGGUCUGGGGACCCCGGACCCCGGACGAGGCUGCAAUUCGCGAAUAAUUCGAGGUCAAGAUGGCGAGAAAGGAUCGUGUCCGAAGGAUCGGGUCGUGGGCUCCCUUGCCCAGGCAUGAUGAUAACACCGGUGGUGAACACAAGUUGCGUGCCCAGGAGUUCAGGAUGCGAGGCGGUGUGUCGGUGGUGCCAUCGCCCGCGGUCUGGGCUGGGCGGCGCACCUUUGGGAAAUCACAACGAGGCCUGCUAACAUAAAGCAAGUUUCUUGAAUGGCACACAAGUAGCAAUUCCGCU